AUUUAAGGUUCCCCAACUGCCCCAUCGAAUCCAUUCACAGUUAUCAUCUGCGUGCGCGAGUACCCGAGAAAUUCUUGUAUUCUUCAUUCUCAGAGAUUAAAGGAGUUUCCCCGGACAAAAAUGUUGCGAAUCGUUGUAACUUUGGCUUUAAUUCUGGCCACAGUCAGUGCCACCAAUGUCCAGCAGUGCAAAAACAAACCAUUCCCACUGGAUGUAAAAAUUCAAGAUUGCGACGAACCACCGUGCGUUGUGUACAAGGGUGGUUAUGCCAUAAUGGAGGUGCACUUCCUGGGCAAUCAGAAUAAUAUUAAGAGCAUCACCGCCACCACAACGGCCAAGGUCUUGGGCAUGAACCUGCCAUAUGCUCUGCCCGAAGAGGUGUCCAAUGUCUGCAUAAAUCUCUUAUACGGCGCCAUUUGUCCCAUUGAUAAGGACGAGGAUGUAACCUAUCAGUUCAACUUCUAUGUGGAUCCAUCGUUCCCGCUAAUCACGGCGGACGUGACGGUCACGUUGAACGACGCCCAGAAUGAACCGAUCACCUGCUUUGUCGUAUCAUGCAAAAUCCGUAACGGAGCCACUGCAUCGCAGGGCAAAGAAAUGCUAUUGGACUGGACGAAUCCCAAUUCCGAUUAAACCGACGAUGUACGCAACUCCAGCGAUUUGGGCCGACUGAAUAUUUCCAUUUAUUUUCCGAACAAUAAACUUAAAACUCAUGCAACGAUAA